AUGGAGAUUGCUCGGUGGUUUUAUGACGCGGGUAUUCCUUUUCACGGGGCCACCUAUGAUAGCUUUCAUAUUAUGUUGGAAGCUGUGGCACAGUUUGGUCCGGGAUUUCGAGUACCUACUAUGUACGAAUUGAGGGUGCCUUUACUUACAAAAGAAGUAGAGGACACUAAAUUGGAGAUUGAUAAUCACAAAAAGGAAUGGGCUGCCAAAGGAUGUUCUAUUUUAUCAGAUGGAUGGCGUGAUUCGACUGUCCAAAAAGAUAUUAUCAACUUCUUGGUUAAUUCUCCUAAAGGGUCGGUGUUUGUGAAGUCGAUAGAUGUAUCAGAGAUCACGAAGGAUGCUGAUCAGUUGUUGGGGAUGCUUGAAGAAAUGGUGGAUGAAGUAGGAGAGGAAAACGUGGUAAUUCAUGAUGUUUUAGUGCAGAAUUCAUGCAAAUUCAUGCAGUUAGUGCAGAAUUCGUGUUUUAGUGCAGAAUUCAUGCAGUUAGUGCAGAAUUCAUGCUGUUUAUUGAGAUAUUUAUAUGGUUUAUUGGAUAUAGGAAAGAUUCCAAAGAUCAAGGAGUGUUUGAAAAAUGAAAUGUUCGCGAAUGCCUUUACAUAUAAUCAUACUAAACUUGUGAAUCUGAUGAGAAGAUUCACGAAUCAAAGAAAUUUGCAUAGGCCCGCAAUGACACGAUUUGCAACAUCAUUCAUCACUUUUGCGCAAAUGCACAAGCAAAAGAACAAUUUGCUAAAGAUGGUCCUGUUCGAUGAAUGGAGGGGUAGCAAAUGGGCGAAGGAAGCGGGUGGGAGGAAAGUAGCAUCUACCUUUCAAUAA